AUGUCUGAUCCCGUCGUUCCACCUAUUGUUCCAGAAAAAGAUGAUAGACUUCCAUAUGAAAAAAUAGAAAUUACAGAAGACCAUAGUUUGAUUAACAGACGUAAAUUUCAACAAGAAACUGAUACUCACACUCUCGAUCUUGUUAAAGAAAUAUGGGAAUU